UACUGUAUACCAGUCUGACCCAUAUGGUAACGACUGGUAUACUCCAGGAGUAUAGUAUAUUUCAAUGCAUCUGGCCGUUAGAUGUAAUUCGAUGAGCUCCAAUCAAUCUCAACGGUCAAUCAAUCAUUGUUUCUAUUAAAAUGAACUUCAGGUUUGGGUUUAGAUAAUCAAGGCAUAUGAUUUACCCAUUAGAGGUUAGGUUGUAGUAUAAUACCCCAAACUCGACCUAAUUCAUGGUCUAGAUAGAGAUAUCUCACUAGAAGUACCUGGAGUUAGGUGUGGCUAUACGGUCCGGUCCGGUUAAAUUGGACCAAAUUGAUCCGGUCCCAGUCCGGUCUUUUCGGGAAUAUAAGGACCAAAGAUUGGAUUGGAUACAGUCCGGUCUUGAUCCGGUCUGGUCCCAAUUUUAUCUUGAUUUUAGGUGUUGGGGGGUCUCUUAUCCGGUCUUUAUCCGGUUUUUUACCUCAAAUCUAAGCCCGAAUAUGAGAUUGCAUUGUUUGCUAUCCGGUCCCAGUUCUGUCCGGGUUAUACGGUCCGGUUUCGGGUAAAACCAAAUAGUCCGGGACCAAAUAGCCAGCCCUACUUGGAGUAUAGUAUACUCCAGGAGUACACCAAUCUUACCCCCUAUGGUAAAGACUUGUAUAUUCUAGUGCAUCUGGGUGUUAGAUGUACUUCAAUAAGCUCCGAUCAAUCUAAACGGUCAAUUAUUAUUUUAUAUUAAAUUGAAUGUCGAGUUUGGGUUUAGACAAUCGAAGCAUGGGGUUUAUCUAUUAGAGGUUGGGUUAGGUGUAGUAAUAUGUCGUUGAGAACGUCUCGUCUUUCCCUUUUUGGUCGCUUGUGGCUUCACCUCCUGUCGUGGGGCUCACUACGUCGGAGCAAUCACGCGUCGGUGACCUGGAAAAGGAUUGAGGCUGUGAUUUUGGAGGAGACGAAGAAAAGGUUGGGGAAGAAGAGAUGAGAAGGAGAGUGAGGGGGGGAUUGGGGAAGAAGAAUAGGUUGGUCGUUGAGAAGGAGCAGGGGGUUGGAGAACGGGUCACUGAUGGGUUGGGUUGGAAUAUAUGAUGUGGCGGAUUUCCUGACGUGGCAAGUCAUAUUUUAUAUUUUGGGUUAAAUUUGGUGACUAGAUGAUUCUGUUAGUUACAUCAACAAAAAAUUAACGAAAUUAACAUAAACUAACGAAAUGUAAUAAAGAGUGACCAAAUUAAAACCAUUCAAGUAAUUUUAGUAACUACAAAUGAAAUUACAUAUUUUUAGCGACAAGGUAAUGCCACUGACCCAGUGACUAAACGUGCAAUUUACCAAACUCAAAAUGCCAUUUUCACUCUUCAGUCUUCACCGAGCCUGCACGAGCCGGCCCACGGCAGAGUACGGGUACGGCUGACGUGGGCACAUGUUACGCUUAGGCGGGAUGCCAAAGGGGAAUAUAUGAAGCGCUUAAACCCUACUGUCUGAGAUUUUAGUACUUUCUGAUGAAGAAGGAUAGUCAGAACUCGGAAUUGGAGUUUUUCCAGUAAAGUUCGCAUCUUUCUAGACUUUUUCAAGGCUACCAUCUUCCAGUUUUCGUCGGUUCAAACGCCGCAGCGAGCUUCUGGAAUUGGGGAUUUCCCCCGCAUUAUUUUUCUUCGUUUUGUUGAUACUGGAAGUUGAAAAUCAGUAUCACAACAACUAUGCAGAUUCUAGUCCGCAAGUUUCUACGCCCAACAGCUCCAUUUAGCAGGGUUAUUGGUAGUUACAAGUAUUCUACCAACGAUGUCCUCGAUAUUGGCCAACCCUCUCCUGCUACUCAUCCUCAGCUGAUGAAAGAAGGGGAAGUUACACCUGGUAUAAGUGGCGAUGAGUACAUCUCAAGAAGGAAGAAGCUAUUGGAUCUUCUUCCAAAGAAUAGUUUGGCCAUAAUUGCUGCUGCGCCUGUUAAGAUGAUGACCGAUGUCGUACCCUACACAUUUCGGCAAGAUUCUGAUUACUUGUAUAUUACUGGAUGCCAACAACCUGGUGGCGUGGCAGUUUUGGGGCAUGAGUUUGGUUUAUGCAUGUUCAUGCCUGAAGCAACGUUUCAUGAUGUAACUUGGCAAGGGCCAACUGCAGGAGUUCAUGUAGCAUUGGAGAGAUUCAAAGCUGAGAAAGCAUACCCCUUGACCAAAUUAAGAGAAGUUCUUCCAGGUAUGAUCAAGGGAUGUUCCAGGGUGUUUCAUAACAAUUUAACAGCUGUACCAACAUAUACAGAGUUGGAGGCCUUCCAAAGUAUAGCUAUCAUGGGCAAGGUUAGAGAUCUCUCAUGUUUCACACAUGAGUUACGGUGGGUAAAAUCACCUUCUGAGUUGAAGUUGAUGAGAGACUCUGCAUCAAUUAUUUGUCAGGCUCUCUUGCAAACAAUGCUACAUUCCAAGACUUACCCAUAUGAGAGUAUGUUGGCUGCAAAAGUUCAAUAUGAAAGCAAAAUGAGAGGUGCUCAAAGGAUGGCAUUCAAUCCUGUUGUUGGUGGGGGGUCUAAUGCCGCUAUCAUACAUUAUUCUCGAAAUGAUCAGAAAAUUAAAGAUGGGGAUCUUGUUCUGAUGGAUGUUGGAUGCGAGUUGCAUGGUUAUGUCAGUGAUCUGACUCGAACAUGGGCUCCAUGUGGCAGUUUCUCUUCCGCACAAGAAGAACUUUAUGAUCUUAUUCUUCGGACAAACAAAGAAUGCAUAGAGCUUUGCAGACCUGGAACAAGCAUUCGACAGAUUCAUAAUGAUUCGGUUUCAAUGAUGCGUAAAAGACUUGCGGAGAUUGGAAUUCUGAAACAUAGUGGAAGCAAUUCUUACCAUCAGUUGAAUCCAACUUCUAUAGGUCACUACCUUGGAAUGGAUGUCCAUGAUAGUUCUGCCAUGAGCUAUGAUCGUCCCUUGAAGCCUGGUGUUGUCAUAACCAUUGAGCCUGGAGUAUAUAUUCCACCGAAUUCGGAAGACGUUCCAGAGAGGUACCAAGGCAUUGGCAUAAGGAUUGAGGAUGAGGUCCUAAUUACAGAAACCGGUUAUGAGGUCCUUACAGGGUCGAUGCCGAAGGAAGUGAAACACAUGGAAUCAUUGCUAAAUAAUUACAGUGGUGGAAUGGCCAUGGAAAGCUGGAGUAAUAAUACUGAAGCUGCUUUCAGAUGACUGUCCCCUCCUUGAAAGUUGAGAGACCAUGGACCCUUGGCAACUAACUCUUGGUUCUUCCUUUACUACCAUUCUCAUAAAAGCUUUCUGGGGUCCUUCCCAUUGGAGGUAGAUGAAGCAAAUUGCUCCUUGAAAAAUUGCAACAGGAGCCAGCCAGCAUACCAAGAAACAUUCAUUUCACGUAGUGAAGCUUCUUUCCUUAGUAAGUUUUUCACCACUUUGUGAAAAAUCCAUGGCAAGCAGCAGAUUUGCAGCAAAACAGCACUGGGUUGAUCUUUCUGUCUCUGUCUCAUGUCCGCCCAUUUCUUGUGCUGGAAGGAAAGCUACCAGCUUUGUCAUGAGACCACUCAUCGUAUCAUUUGGUCGACAUUGGAUAAGCUGAAUUCGUUUGUCGUAAGAAUUUAUGUUGGGAGUUGGAUUGGAAGCUCCUUGUUGGAAGUUGAGAAAAUGAGUAAAUGCUAAGACAUGGUGGGCUGGAAUUGACACGUUGGAACAGGGACCAUGGAAGCAUCAUAUAUGUAUUGAAUGUAUUGUCCCAUGGUAGGACUAGGGUUUAAUGCAUAAAAAAGUCAUAUAAUUUACUACCCCACCUUCGGCCAUAACUUUUUGGCAUCUAUUUUUUUCUCCUUCUCCAUUGGAUCCCUUUUGCAGUAAAUGGCAAAAAGAACUGUCCUUUUCUCAAGGGUUUCCCAAAUGUUGCAAUGGGUAGUUUGAAGAACAUGGCACAAGAAAAUAAGGCAAGGAAGCAACAAAAGUUCAUAAAGGAAGCCUAGUUUAGUUGAUCUUAAACCCAUUAAUACGCUACUUUCUGGGAUUAGCAAGCUUGGAGGGGUUGAGUGGUUUAAUUAAUUAUUCACCAGUUGAGUCAAAAUUGGAAUCAGAUAGUAAUUGUUUUCAUUGGUUUUAUAUGAUAUCUCGAGUUAGUGAAAUAAAUUAAUUCUUGAUAUGUUUAUUAGAGUUCUGAAUAAAAAGUAUGUGUUAAAAAACUUUAAUGUUAUAAAUCCAGACAAGUAUGAGACAAAUAUCAGACAAUCUGUGCAUGCACUUAUAUUUAGGUGGAAUUUUCACUUCAGGAGCACAUAAGAAAAAUAAUGUGGAUAUUGUUUCAACUGCCUGAAUAAUUGAGAUCUAUCAAGAUAAGUUUAUUCUUUUCAAUUUUGUAUGAAAAUAAAGAUGUUUUAGUUCUAAGGUUGGAUAAGUCUACCAGAAAACCAAUAGGAUCAUUCGAUCAAUGAUCUGAAUCCAAGCAUAAGGAUUAAAGUUCAUAAUAAAUACUAUAUUUCCUUGCGAAUGUUAAAUCGUUGCAUUAUAAUGAAUCACAACAAAAUAAAUAUAUGUAUUGGUACAAUGUAUGCAUUUUAAUAAUACAUUGUUUGGUUGUUGAGAUUCUAUUUUAUGUAUUGACUUGCAUAAAGUUACUUUAUGGGGAAAUGUUACAUUUAUCCUCAACUUUUAGUAUAAGACAAAAACUAAUAGGGAUAUAAAUGAAAAAAAAAAAAUUGGAACCAAAUCUAAAAUCAACAAUCACUACAAUCACAACUUUUAGUUGAGAUUGUAUAAUGCAUCAUUUUUUGUGAUUGUUGGUGGGACCUAUCUAAAACAAUACAAGCAUUGUUUUACACUUUGACACUUCAAAAUAUUGUAUUGUGCACAAUACAUAUAUUCAAUAAACACAACUUUAACAAUCACAACUACCAAACCAUCCUAAACCUAAUACAAAAUUGGGGAUGAGAGUUCCACCUGCAAUAGUACAAAUUUGGGGAUGAAUGUUACUUAAUUCUCUCUUGGCUUCCUCUACCAAAAUUUCAAAAUAACACAACUCCAAACUCUUUAAUUCCACCUUUUCCAAUUCCAUAAUGCAUGUGCAAACUCUUCACCCUAAUGUCCUCUUAACACUUUAUAUUCUUGUAAUAAUUAAGAUACUUACAC